GUCCUGAGAAGUUAGAAUCGCGCUGGUUCUGGGACAGUUAACAUCUUCCUACAGACGGAGGGACGGAUACUGGUGGGGAUUAAAUCUUAGCCUGAACUCCAACCCUGACAAAGAUGAAGACUAUCAUAUUUUUGAUAAUGCUCACUUUUCUCGCUUUCCCUACAGGCUCAGAUUGGUGCUACAGCUCACCAGAAUGUGGUCCAAGCACAUGGAGCAGCACUCCAUAUUGCAAUGGCACCCAGCAGUCACCAGUAAAUAUCAUCACCAGUGCCACGACUGUGAACACCUCUUUAGGAAGCUUCAACUUCAUUGGGUACUCUGAUGCCUCAAAAUUAAGUCAUAUUACCAACACUGGAGAAGCAGUUAUAGUGUACAUGUCUGAUGGAGUUGUGAUAAAUGGCGGAGGACUUUCAGGAAACUAUACUGCUCUCCAGUUUCACCUGCACUGGGGGAAUGGCACAUCCAGUCCAGGUUCAGAACAUGCCAUUGAUGGUCAGAGAUAUGUCAUGGAGAUGCAUAUUGUCCACAUAAAACAGGGUCUCUCUAAUCUGGAAGUAGCAAAGCAGCAGAAAGGCAUUGCAGUGCUCAGUUUUCUUAUUGAUGUGGACAAAAGCAACAGCAACUCAGCAUGGGACACAUUGAGUAGCUACCUGGAAACUAUUUCUUUACCUGGGUCAGUCAACAGGACAAACUUUACGUUAUCAAUUUCUUCAUUAAUCAAGCAAGUAAACACAACAAAAUAUUAUCGUUAUCAUGGCUCACUAACGACACCAACAUGUGAUGAAGCAGUCACCUGGACUAUUUUUCAAUCACCAGUUCUGGUUAGCCCUAAUGUGGUCAAUGCAUUUGCAUCCAAAGUCUUCCGGGAUAAUCCUGCUAGGACGCCCUUGGUUAAUAACUACCGUCCUACACAGAACCUGAAUGGUAGACAAAUCCAGGUCACACAGUCUGGCAGCCAGAAAGCAGCAGCAUCUGUUCGGGUGUCACUUUUGGGAAUGGUUCUACUGUCUUUGUUAUCUUACCGAUAAACAAGCUAUGUUUUUGCAACAAGUGAUGAUGCUGUAUUAUAAUAUGGGGUAGGACAUACACAAGAUGUAUGAAUCUUCUAGUGCACAAAACUAAAUACUAUGCAGCAAUCUACCCACAUCAGAGUAAAAUGUGGCAAAGUAAUUAUUUUUUUUCACUUUCCCUUUUUUUUUCUAGACAUUAUUCUUUCAAAAUGAGAUUUGAGUAUUUUUUUAUUGUUUGCUUUAUAUAUAUAUAUAUAUAUAUAUAUAU